AUGCAGAAUGCGGAACAAUCCGGAGUGAAAAACCGGGAUAAAUUGGUUAAAUCAGUGAUUCAGCAGACACCAUCGAAAUCGCAGCUGUCUUCGUCGUCUUCGUCGCCGUCGCCCUCUUUAUCCUCGUCAACAUCGUCAGGAACAGGAGCACCACCGAAGGCUUCGUCAUCGCCACCAUCGAAGAAUAGCAGCAAAAGCAGCACUAUCGGUGGUGGUAGUAGCAGCAUUGGUGGUGGUAUUAGUAGUGGCAAUAGUGGAGAAAUAGGCGGUGAACAGGGGGCCACUGCUUCUGCCGUUACUGGUGCAUCCGCCGCUGUUCCUGAUGCUGCUGCAACGACACCCUCGGUAAAGAAGUCGUACGCAGCGCAGGACGAUGGUUUCGGGUCGGUCGCAAAUAACCACCUAACGACCGCUUCACCAGAAUCUGUCGCUAUUGGCCGCCUGCGCCAGCCACCACCACCAUCGCCAGAACCUGAGGCGUUGGCCGACGAUCCGGACAUAGAAGUGGUUGACGCGCUCGCCGCCUCAUCAGCUGCUGGCGUGCUCGGUGCAACUGCAUCCGGCACUACUGAGCGGGGCUCGUGCGAAGCUUUCGUUCCACCUCCCGCCAGCAAAGUACGGCUCCAAGUAGUGAGCAAGAAAGCUGGCAACAUAAGUAGUAAAAACAAUUCUAAAAAUAAUGAUAAGACAAUGUCGGCGACGAAGAGUUCAUCAACAGCAGCAGCCAUUGCUGCGCCAGCUACAACACCGCCCUCACCAACCGUGCCACCUACUGCCACAUCCGCCCCGGGUCCGGGAGGCGAGGAUGCUACCGUUGUGAAUGGCAGAAACGGUAAGCCAGGUGCCGAGGGCGGUGUCGCCGUCCCAACCGCCAAGGUGCCACCGGGCGGUGGGUCCGGUUCUGGCGGCGCCAACAAGUCGUCGAAUACUAACAAACUUUCCAGCAAUAAUUCGUCCCCUGCCAAAUCGGAUACGGAGACAUUUUCGGAGUUUCAGCCUCGCGUAUCGGACUCAUCGGAAUCGGACGAGGAAUCGGUAUCGGAGAUUUUGCUGGCUUGCCUGUGUCUAAGGCCAGAUCUGCUGGUUGACUCCUUUCCAUUAGAUCAGCAAUCGAUCGAAAUUCCAGAAACGGAGUGUUCGGAUAGUUGCGAGAAUGAUGUUGAUAUGGAUGAGUCGGACAGUUGCGACAACGAUGCCGACGAUAAUGAUGAUUCCGAAGAAGACGAUGAAGAUGACGACGAAAUGGUUCAUAGUACAGUGCCGGGUAAAUUUCUCCUAGAGAAUGAUGACGACACUGACCAUGAAAGAGAUGAAGCAGCGCAUGCACUGACGCGAAUGAAGUCCAGUGACGGUAGUCCCAGGGAUAAAACUCUGAUAUCACGUACGCUGAUUGCUGCCUGCACCGAUAACGACGUGACAACCGUCCGGAAGCUGCUCUGCGAGGGAGGUAAUUCGCUGAGCGAAGCUACCGAGGAGGGGGAUUCGCUGCUGUCGCUGGCGUGUUCCGCGGGCUAUUACGAAUUAGCUCAGGUCCUGCUAGCGAUGUCCGCACAGGUGGACGACCGUGGCCAAAAGAACGACUGUACCCCGCUGAUGGAAGCGGCAUCUGCUGGUCAUGUCGACAUCAUCGAGCUGCUGUUCAAACACGGUGCGGACGUAAACGCACAGUCCUCGACCGGUAACACGCCGCUCAUGUAUGCGUGCGCAGGAGGGCACGAACGGGCGGUCAAGGUGCUGCUGGAGCACGGUGCCAAUGUGGAAGAUCAUAACGAAAACGGACAUACGCCGCUGAUGGAGGCCGCAUCUGCCGGACAUGUCGGUGUGGCGAAGAUACUGCUGGAACACGGAGCGGGCAUCAACACACAUUCGAACGAGUUUAAGGAGAGUGCGCUGACGCUGGCGUGCUACAAGGGUCAUCUCGACAUGGUGCGCUAUCUGCUCGAGGCUGGUGCAGAUCAGGAGCAUAAGACGGACGAAAUGCACACGGCCUUGAUGGAGGCGUCCAUGGAUGGGCAUGUGGAGGUGGCGCGACUGCUACUAGAUUCCGGUGCGCAGGUUAAUAUGCCGACGGAUUCGUUCGAGUCUCCGCUCACGCUGGCCGCUUGCGGUGGUCACGUCGAUUUGGCCAUGCUGCUGAUCGAUCGUGGUGCCAACAUCGAGGAAGUGAACGAUGAAGGCUACACCCCGCUCAUGGAAGCGGCGAGGGAAGGUCAUGAGGAAAUGGUAGCAUUAUUGCUACAACAGAAUGCGCAGAUUAAUGCUCAAACUGAAGAAACUCAGGAAACCGCCCUGACGCUGGCUUGCUGCGGAGGGUUCAUCGAAGUGGCAGAUUAUCUCAUCAAAAACGGUGCAGACAUAGAACUGGGUGCAUCGACCCCGCUAAUGGAGGCCGCCCAAGAAGGUCACAUCGACUUGGUGCGGUUCCUGCUGCAGAACGGUGCCAACGUACACGCGCAGACGCAAACUGGUGACACGGCGUUGACUUACGCGUGCGAAAAUGGCCACACGGAGGUUGCAGACAUCCUACUGUACUACGGUGCCGAGUUGGAACACGAGUCAGAGGGUGGCCGCACACCCCUGAUGAAGGCGUGCCGCGCUGGUCACUGGUGCAUCGUAAAGUUCCUUAUCGAGAAGGGCGCAGAAGUGAAUCGGAAUACGACAAACAACGACCAUACGCCGCUUUCGCUGGCGUGCACCGGUGGCCAUCAGAACAUCGUGGAGUUGUUGCUGAAGAACGGUGCAGAUCCGUUCCACAAGCUGAAGGACAACAGUACGAUGCUGAUCGAGGCGGCCAAAGGCGGUCAUAUCGGCGUAGUACAGUUGUUACUCGACUUUCCGCACUCACUGAUGAGCACUAACGCUGCAGCGGCGGCCGCCGUUGCCCAGCAGCAAAACAUGCUUAACAAUGGGCAGAUGCAACAGCAACAACAACAGCAACAGCAACAGCAACAGCAACAGCAACAGCAGCAGCAACAGCAACAGCAACAGCAGCAGCAACAACAGCAGCAGCUGCAUCAACAACAGCAACAGCAGCUGCAUCAACAACAGCAACAGCAGUUACAACAACAGCAACUGUUGGCUGCUCCACCCGGUCUGCAUGAGGUCCCAGAAGCUAUUCGUGUUAGCAAUAAGCAAAUCUUCCAACUGCCAGCGAAGGAAGUGCUCGAACAGCAGCAGGCACCUUCUUCGCAGCAAACCCACAUUCUGACGCAGCAGCAGCACCAACAACAGCAGCAGCAAAUGCAUCAGCACCAGCAGCUAAUCGCCAACAGCCACCAGCUGCUAAAUCAGGCUAGCAUGCUCCUCGACGGAAGCGGUAAUGAUACCACGUCCCUGGCGAAACAUCUUCUCGAGAUACAGGAACCUUCGCUGAAGGAAACUUUCCUCGAGGGUCUGGCCAUGGGUUUGCGAUCCCGAGCUCGACGAAUGACGAACGCUACAACAACGGCAUCGACAACACCUCCUAUCGGCGGGCAGCCACAGCCACUGCACGAUCAACCGACAGCCGCUGAGGAACAACUAAUCCACUACAUAAGUCAGCACCAGCAAGGAUUGCUCCAGGGAAGUGGCAACGCGAAUGUGACCUAUCCACAGCACCCGCCUCUCCAGCAGCUGCAGCAGCAAGUGGCGUCCGCAGUUGCUGGUACUAUCAACAGCAGCGGUGUUGUAGCACCCGCUGGUAGCAAGCAGCAGCAACGCAGUUUGUUGCGCAAGAAGCUACAGCAACAAACGACAGCAACAACACCACUGCCUUCAUCGUUCGAACCAAAUCUUACGAGUUCUGAGGCGCAGCAGGUGCGCAGCGAACCCAUUGGCGAGGACAAUGUCUGCUCAGGAGGCAGUGGCCAGCAACAACAGCAGCAGCUGGUAAGGGGUGCCAGUAGCAGCACUGGUGUCCCGAUGCGUUCGGACUAUGAGCAGUAUCAAAAGCAAAUGCGCGAGAUGUAUCAGAAGAAGGCCAACAUCCAGUUCAUUUGCGAUGCCAACGGUCCUCCGUCGACUCUUCUACCACCAACCGGAACGUACAUUGAUAUAACUACACCGGUACAAGGUAAACGAUACUUGCCACAGCAUUUGCAGCUGGCAGCUAACGUUGCAGUCAGUAGCAACACAGCGCCUGCUAUGCCACCUUCUGCAGGUUUGGCAUCGGUUGGCAACACCAGCACACCAAUGGUCUACAGCAUUGGCAGUGGUGGUAGCGGAACACCGCUGACUGCACCAUCCGAAGUGUCCCAGAGUACCGCUAUCAGCGAUCGUCCAAAGGUUAAGCCCGUUUCGAAAAAGGACGCCAAGAACAAUCGCAAAACUGCGGCAGCGGCGGCGGCCGCAGCAGCCGCAGCAGCAGCCGUCGCAACUGCGACGGCGACGGUUCAACAACAGCAGCAGCAAUCGCUGUGGACCGCGGGUGGCACCAACAACAACAACAUUAACACGCCCACCGGAGGAACAAAUGCUUCUGUUCUGCAGCAGAAUCAAAUGGUGUCAAUUUACAACAAUUUGUCUGUGAUUUCAAGUUCCGAGCCGAACGUGCAGCUGCUGCAGCAGUCGAUGUCGAACUUGAAUCUGCAGUCACAGUCCGAAACGGUAACGCUUUCUCAGUCCUCUGCCAGUAACAAUAACGGCGACGCGUCCGGUGUUAAGACGGACGAUGAUGGUCAACCUUCUUCUGCCAGCGACGGUGCCGUUCCUGCGUUGCCCAACAAUCUGUCGGUUAUCAAAAAUAUUUCGACGGCAGGAAAACGUGCUGCAGUGGACAGCGUUGAUGACAUAGCCCCGGCUAUUGCUGCCGAACCAGAGGAAAGCCAACAGCAGGAGCAACAAGAUCGUUGUGGUGAUGUUACAGAAACCGAGGAAAAGUCUCCAGCAACAUCAUCAUCGGUGGUGCCCACAACCGAAACAUCGAUCGUUGGUGACAUUGCUGCGCCAUCCGCGACUGGGGUGGCAGCGACAGGAGAAUUGAAUCCUGCCCCGAACGCAGCUGAUGGUACAGCUGAUGGUGCCGCCAGUGACACUGCCAGCAGCACCAGCCACAGCAGCAACAGCAGCACCGCUAGCAGUGGCAAAAGUGGCAGCAGCAGUGCAUGUAGCAGUGACAGCAGCAGCGGGGGAAGCGCGGUUAGUGCUAAUAGUGGAACCAGCGGUAACACCGGAAACGGCAAUGUGAUUGCUGUUGGCGGGGAUGGUGUCAGCGUAGACGGCGGCAACAACAGCGGCACUGCUAGCAGCAGCAACGUUGUUUGUAGUGCUGGACUUGCUUCCUCCGACCCGGAUAACCAGUUCAAUCUGUUUGCGCUGGUCGAUCGGAAGGUGAUGCGCAAAAUUGCUCAACGGCUGUUGGGCGAUCUGCCAAAGUUACAGUCGGAAGCUACGCCGGGAUGUUCAACAAUGGAUGUCCCACCUGCGUCACCACCACCCCUGAUAAAUGCUGAACUGGACUACCCUGAGUUGUCGCGCAUUCUAUGCAGCUUCAGUCGAUCGGAGUUGCUGCCCAGUUCGGAAUUCGUGCAGGUUCACCAACAUAUGUCCAACAUUAUUCAACACAAGGGAGGAAGCAAUCCGAUCAAGAUUAGCGAUGCGUCCGUUGGACCCCAGUUCGUCGAGGGUGAGGGUGAAGAACCUUUGCCAAUGUUCAACAUCGACGAUUCGGACCCUGAAGGUAUGGUAGCGGAGUGUGUCGCCGGAAUGUAUCCCAUUUUGGACGAAUCCCUCGAACCGUACCACACCGAAGACGGUGUUGGUGGUGCCGGGCAGGCACAAGGUUCACGGGAAUCGUACAACUACGAGUGGGUUGAGUGCAUCGACGAGGUGAUCCACGCCCUGAACGGCUGUACCGACAUUCCGGUAGCACUACAGGAAAUGGCUGCCAACCUGACGUGCCAGGAUAUCGAUGCGUACGCCAACCUGAUCGGUAUGAACUCGUUCUGCAAGACACGCUGGGCCGGCAACCAGAACCAACUGACGUCCGGCACGUCAUCACCGGCUGAGGAGGAUGGUAACAAUAUUAACCUCCAGGACGAGCAGUGCGCGUUCCGGCAGGGACAGGCCGCCGCCAACCAGCUUCUCGGAUUUGAUCCGCAGCAGCAAUUUUCCUUGGAUCAACUACAUCUGCUCAGUCAACUGCACUCUUGCUUGCUCCCGCAGGCCUCCGCUUCCGGUACGGUACUGCACCAUCCGUCGACGGCUAGCGGUGCCGAUGGUCAACAGCCAAAGCUCGUUUUCAACGUAGAUGCAGAUAAAGCCUCGCAGGUGCACUUGCUAUUUCAACUGCCCAACGUACAGCAGCAACAGCAGCAGCAGUCGUCUGUGCAGCAGCAGGAUCAACAACAGCAUGAUGCUAACAUGAUUCUUAACACUAGCCAGCAGCAAACGUCGCUGCAGCAACAGCAACAAGCGACCAGCCAACAGUGCAACGUAACGCUACAGUCGCAUGCUGCGGCAGCUGCCGCCGCUGCCUUGCAGCACGCUCAGAUGCAGCAACAAUUUCAUGCGCAAAAUAUUGCCGCCGGUUCUGUUAUCCUUCAACAGCAGCAGCAGCAACAACAACAACAGCAGCAGCAGCAGCAUCUGCAGUCUCAGGCCCAGGGACAGCAGCAUUGCAUGCAGCACGCCGCAACUCAGAUGCAGGUCGCAACCCAAACAACCUCCCAACCGGUCGUGGUAGCGGGCAGUGGUGAAUUGGUGCCCCAAGCUGUAGGCGGCAAUAUGCUCGCUACGAACUCGCCGCAGUUAAUGCAACUCUUUGAAGCAGCGCCUCCGAGUGGCAAAAUGGGAGGCGGUGGCAGUGGAGGGAAAAAAGGAGAAAAGAAUCGCAAGGAGAAAAAUCGUCUCGCGAUGCCGGGUUCAGUUCGGCAAGCGCCAGCUGGCCAGCAAGCAUCCCCAGCAAUCAUGAAUGAAGUGUUGGCCGGCAUCUAUCCGACGACCGGCACCGUCGGCGGACCAGCGGCGAUGGUAACGGGCCAGACAACGAUCGGCACGGUGGCGGCGACCGCAUACCCGAGGGGCAUCAUUCCCCCGCAGGCAGGUAUGGUAUUGCCGGAGCGUAUGAUCGACGUCGACUCGGAGACAGAUUCGAACCAUGACACGGCACUCACGCUGGCUUGUGCCGGGGGCCACGAGGAGCUGGUCGAGCUGUUGAUCAACAGGGGCGCCAACAUUGAGCACAAGGACAAGAAGGGCUUUACGCCCCUCAUAUUGGCCGCCACGGCCGGCCACGAGAAGGUGGUCGACACUUUACUGCGCAACGGGGCCGAGCUUGAGGCACAAUCCGAGCGCACGAAGGAUACGCCCCUGUCGCUCGCUUGUUCCGGAGGUCGCUAUGAAGUGGUGGAACUGCUUUUGAGCAUGAACGCGAACCGAGAGCACCGUAAUGUGUCCGACUACACACCGCUCAGUUUGGCUGCUAGUGGGGGAUACGUGAAUAUCAUCAAGCUGCUGCUGCAGCACGGAGCCGAGAUCAAUUCGCGCACCGGAAGCAAGCUGGGUAUUUCGCCGCUCAUGCUGGCAGCCAUGAAUGGGCAUACGGCGGCCGUGAAGCUGCUGCUCGACAUGGGAUCCGAUAUUAAUGCGCAGAUCGAGACGAACCGCAACACGGCAUUAACGCUCGCCUGCUUCCAGGGACGGCACGAGGUUGUCAGUCUGCUGCUCGAUCGCAAGGCCAACGUGGAGCAUCGGGCCAAAACUGGACUGACGCCCCUGAUGGAGGCUGCCUCCGGUGGAUACAUUGACGUGGGGCGAGUGUUGUUAGAUAAGGGAGCGGACGUGAACGCAGCACCGGUUCCAUCAUCCCGCGAUACUGCGCUAACGAUCGCCGCCGACAAAGGGCACCUCAAGUUCGUUGAACUUCUUCUGUCCCGCGGUGCCGCAGUAGAGGUGAAGAACAAGAAAGGAAACUCCCCGCUUUGGUUGGCCGCAAACGGUGGCCACCUGGGUGUGGUGGAGCUACUGUGCAGCGCGGGAGCAGACAUCGACUCACAAGACAACCGCAAGGUGUCCUGUCUGAUGGCCGCCUUCCGAAAGGGUCACACGAAAGUGGUCAAGUGGAUGGUGUGUCAUGUAACACAGUUCCCGUCGGAUCAGGAGAUGACGCGCUUCAUCAAUACGAUCAGCGAGCAGGAACUGCUUGAAAAGUGUCACGACUGUGUGAAGGUGAUCCGCGCAGCAAAGGACCAGCAAGCCACGAAGGCCAAUAUGAACGCCUCGAUACUGCUGAAGGAGCUCGAUCUGGAGCGGACGCGCGAAGAAAAUCGAAAGGCGGCCGCGGCCAAACGGCGAGAGCGAAAGAAGCGUCGCAAGGCGGAAAAACGCGAACAGCGCAAGCACACUACCGACGGCAACGUCGACCCCGAGCCCGAGGACGAAGACGAGGGCGAGGAGGAUAAGGACGAGGACAACGACAGCGACCACGACGAGGACGAGCUGCUCCUAUCGGCUGCUAUCGCCCAGGUCCACAGCAACAGCAGAGCGCAGAAUGAUCACAAACACCAGCAACAACAGCAGCAACAGCAGCGCGAGAAGGACAAAGAUAAGACGGGCAAAGAGAAAGAUAAGCAGCACAAGGAGGCAAAUGCGUCUUCAUCAUCCUCUUCCCAAAAUACACGCCAACAGCAGCAGCAGCAACAACCACAACAGCAAAUGUUCCAGUAUCGCCAAGUGCCGAUAUUGUAUCAAGGGCAGGAAGAAGGCGAUUCCGGCAUCGAUGCCAACAGUCAGGGAUCGUGCUCGAGUUCGGACGUCAAAUCGUCGAAUGCACUGGAGCAGAAGAAGAACAACAAAAAGCGCAAGCAGCAGCAGCAGCAACAGCAAAUGGCACGUGGCACGAUCGCUUCGACCAACGCAGCCGGUGCCGCCAGGACGGCUAGUACCAAGGCGUCACUGACGUCGGCAUCCUCGGCGUCUGCGUCAACCAGCGGGGGUAACAGCAAAGCAUCCCAGGGCCAAACGACCGCCAGCAACCAGAACGGCAGUAACGCCAAUGCGACACAAGCCGCCGCCACCAGUCGGCAAUCGAAAAGCCCGGAGAGUGCCUCGGCAGCGUCGUCGAACAAUGUCAACAACCCUGUGGUGCAGGAUAAAAACUCAAAAGACAAAAGUCGACGUCAGCAGCAGCAGCAGCAGCAAGAUAAGGAACAGCAACCCUACAGCAAAGAUCGCGAGAAGCGUGAAAAGAGUGAAAAGGAAAACGUGGCUCCGAAAGAUGAUCAUCAUCAUCCGCAGCACGGCGGUGGAAAGCAGCAGCAGCACCACAACAAUCACGCGAUGUCGGCGGGAUUGACGGCAACGGGAUCGAGCAACAGUGGUGGGGCAACGCAGCACCACCAACAGAGCGCUGGCCAAACGCAAGCUGCCAACCGUAAAUCGAUCAUUGUGUUCGGUUCCAGCGCCAACAGCAACAAUCGACACGGAGGAGAGCACCACCACGAUGAAGCGUUUCCGCUAGCGGCUACGACCGGUGGCGGUAGCUCCUUCUACAACGCAAGCUCCGCUGCCACGGGCAAGAAAACACACGGCAACAAGACGUUCUACAGUACUAACGACGAUCACGGAAACCCUCAGCAGCACGGUGGUGGCAUGGCGACGAAACGUGAGGAAGGCUGGAAGGAGGUGGUGCGCAAGAGCUCCGUCCAACAGAGCCAAUCGUCAUCCUCCUCGCCGAUGGAAUGCCGCAAAGUACAAGUGCCGGUGCACGCCAUUUCGCGUGUGAUUGGACGUGCGGGAAGCAACAUCAAUGCGAUCCGUGCCGCGACCGGGGCCCACAUUGAAGUGGAGAAGCAGGGCAAGAGUCAGGGCGAUCGGUCGAUCACCAUCAAAGGAUCACAGGAAGCGACCAAACAGGCGCACUCGCUGAUCGUGACGCUGAUCAAGGACCCUGACGUAGACAUUCUGCUUAUGCUACCGAAGCACAACAGCAGCAGUAGCACCACCACUGCCAGCAGCGCGUCGUCUUCUUCGGCUGGCACCGUAUCGUCUACGACCGGUACCUCGUCGAUGUUUGGAUCAGCGGCAUCUAGCAACACCGGCAGCUACUCGCACCAACAGCCCCCGAUGCCGAUUGUUCCGGCCGCGAUCAUACCCUCGAAUGGGGUGGCACCGACCAUGUCCGCCAUAGUGGCCUCGGGUGGAGUUGCAGCGGCCGCUGCCGCUGCUGCUGCUGCCGCCGCCGCGGCUGCAGCCACGGCAGCCGCAGCCUCUGGUGGCAGCGCUGGGCAGCAUUCGCUUGGCAAAACCGCCGGCAACAACAAACAGUCCGGCUUUUUGACGUCUAACAAACCCACGGUCAGCGGGAGCGCGGUACAAGGAGGAAUUGGAAACAGUAACGCGAAACCGCCAAUUGGGUCUAUUCCAUCGGCAGGCGGCGUCAAUAAUACCAACAUCUCCGGUGCACGACCAACCGCAGCAAAAAAUCUGUUCAUGUCAUCUUCCGCCUCUUCCACUCUGCAGCAGUCACGCGGUAUGGCAUCUGGCAACAGUGGAGGUGUCACUACUGUGCCAUACAGUAAUGCAGUGGCUGGCAGUGGGUCACCAGCCGGCACUGGGACAGGCAAAGAAGCCAAGCGUCCGGGACCGCCAGGAACAGUCGGUGCUGGUACCGGUAGUAUGAUGGGCAGUUCCGUAGGAGGUAACCCGAAAGCAAAUCAUUCGCAUUCAGGCCCAAUGGUACCCACCAGCGGUACCGGUUCGGCGGCAUACACUGGCGCUAACGGAAUGAUGCCGCCGAUCAAGAAGGGUAUGAACAAGAGCGAACCCCUGCCACAACGAACUGGAGCGGUCAAUAACACCUCUUUAGUUGCGGGCACGUUUGCCAAACUGGUUGCGGCGGACGGCGGAAAUUCUGGUAGUGUCAUCGUGAACAAUAACCAAAAGCAGAUGGCAGCGACUGCGCCCAUUUCUAACACCACUGGCCAACAGGCGCAGCAGCAGCAACAGUACUCACAAACAUCAUCGAGUGCUGGCACUCGCUCCGGUAAUCUGGCAAUACAGCAACAGCAGCAGCAACCGCAGCAACUACAACAAUCGCCUGCUAAAGGAUCGUCGGGUGUAGGAAUGUCGACGGCACCGUUCGGCAACAACUUGAACAGCUUUGCUGGUGCGAAUCCAACCGUUUCUGCGCAGCAGCCGAAGAUAUCGACAUUUAUUCCUCCGAUCGCGACGAGCGGUCCUGGACCAACGAUCGCAGAGCCGUCGGCUCAUCCACCGCUGCCACCCAUCAGUGCUCCGAUUACAGCCAAUCCUCAUGCCGCGCCUGGCAGUGGCCGUUCGAUCACGCCGAUUGGCCAGCAACCUCAGCACCACCACCAAUCGUCAUCAUCAUCAUCGACGACCACUGGACCGAUCGGUAGUCGCAGUGUAACGACUCCAUCGCCACUACUGCACCAACCACAAACCGGUGGUGUCCAGCUUGGAUCGCCACCUUCGUCACUGAAUGCAGCUCCCGGGGGACAGCUACAGUCGAAAGCGCCGGGCGGAAGUAGCAACCUACCGCAGCAGCAGCAGCCUCAUCCAGCGCAACAGCCGUUGGCACCGCCACCGCAAACGAACGAAUAUUCGCUAUUCAACGAUCCGUUCAGUAACAGCCAGUGGGGGACGGGUGCCUCGGCUGGCGGUGGUUCUUCUACCGCCAGCGGUGGUUCCGCUGAAACGGAAGUGGGCAAGACAGUAAUGUACGGGGCUGCGGGCCACCAUCAGCAGCAACAGCAUCAUCAACAGCUUCACCACCAGCACCAUCAGCAUCAUCAGCACCUUCCGCCGCACCAUCCACACUCCGUGGUCGGUGGAAGUGGUGGUACCGGCGGUGGUCCUUCGUUCAUGGAGAAUCCUCCAACACUACAGGUCGACGCGUCAAAAGCGCCAGGAUAUCGCGGAAACUCGAUUUCAUCCCCAGGCAGCUCGAAAGCGUCGAGCACAGCGACAUCACCUCCAUCUUCAGUCCUGUCCUCGCAUCAGUCGCAACAGCAACAGCCGCCACAACCGCAACAGCAACAACCGCAACAGUCGCAGCAGCAGCAUCAACAGCAGCAACAGCAGCAGCAGCAGCAUCAACAGCAGCAGCAACAUCAGCAACAUCAGCAGCAGCAGCAGCACCAGCAACACCAACAAAACCAGCACCAGCAGCAACAGCACCAUCAGUCCCUAGCACACCAAGCUAUGCAGCCACACGGUACCGGUGGCCAUCCGUCGAUGCACCACCCAUCGCAACAACAUCCUCAUCAACAGCAGCAGCACCAUCACCACCAGCAACAGCAGUCCCUGCUGGCGGCAGCGGCCUCGUUGCACAUGCUCAACACUACCAGUGGUAGUGGCAGCACCGGAGGUAGCGGAUCAUCGCUCAAUUCCGGUCUCGGACACGUUCCCGUUUCCGGUGUGCCUCCAAUGUCUAGUGCUGGACCCCCCGUGGCCGUAUCAUCACAGUCGAUGGUAACCCCAACCGCCGCUGGAGGUGGUCAGCAAUCGUUGCCACCAUCAUCUUCAGCUUCGGCAGUUUUGCCUUCCGUGAUCGGUACCCAGCCGUACCCAUCGCCGAGCGACGCGGUGGUCGGUGGGUGCAUGAUCAAACCAACGCCGCCCCCCUCGAUGCUUGUAGGCAGUUCCACCGCCAACGGUGCCAAUAGCGUCGGUCAGGCCGCGCUGCAGCGCUCGAUGAUGACUCUUUCCUCGCAGAUGCGCCCUCCGCCACCGGACUAUCUCGGUGGUGGCGGCGGACGCGACCAUUCCGGUGGAAUGCCGCAACAGCAAGCACCGGUCGGUAGCUCUCGUCCUCCACCCCCGUUGAUGUUUGAUACGGUCGUUAACCACCUUGGCGGCGGAGCUGGCGGUGGCCUCCCGGGGAGCGAUGGUUUGCAAUCGUCAUCCUACCAAACGCACCAUCUCGGGCUCGGUGGCGCUGGCGGCACAGUCGGCAGUCUUCCACCGAUUUCGCGCCUCAACCCGAAAGCAUCGGCUUUCUCGGGUGUACCAUCAGUCAUACAGCCGCCACUCCCAGCCCAUGGCCAUCAAGCUGGUAAAAUGAAUCAAUCGAACCAACAACAUCAACAUCAGCAACCAUACGGUGGUACGGGUGGUGGUGGUGGGAUGUUCCACGCACCUCCUCCGAUCGGUAUGGGUGGCAAGUAUCCGUCGAUGUCAUCCUACAGUCUUGCCCCGGGGCGUCCCAACAACCAGCACCAACAGCAGCACGGACCGCCACCACCUGGAAACAACCAUCGGGGUGGCGCGGGUGUUGGUUCCGGCAUUGGUGGUGGUGGUGCCUCGAACAAUUGGUUCGCGUCGGAGCUCGGCCAUCAGCUGCAGCAGCAGCAGCGAUCCGACAGUCUGAUGGGAAUGGAGAACGGGCUUGCAAUGGCCCUCGGUAACUCACCGACAAUCUCACCGAACAACAACACACAGCAGACAGCCAAUGGCGGUGUUUCGCUGGCACAGCAACAGUCCACGAUGGAGGAUGCUCGCAAGCUGCCACGGGCCAUCGGUACGGAGCGUGCCUGGAAGUAUGGUGGAAACGGUAGCGUUGGCAUCGGUGGUGCUGGUGGCGGCAGUGGCGGCACCGCUCCUCCCGGGGUCAGCGGAAUCAUGUACAACCCGACCGGAAUGGGGGGAUACGCUGCGUUGGAUGGGUCGGAUCUGAUGAAUGGUGGAGCGACCGCUAUCGCUGCGGCAGCAGCGGCGGCCGCUUCCCAGCAAUCGUGGAUGUUGGACAAGAGCCAACUGAUGGGCGGAGGCGGCGGCGGUGGAUCGCAGCAACAGCAAAUGGCCUGGAUCAACCCAGGAGCUGGAGCAGGCGGCCCCUUGCCGGGCGCGAUCAAUCGGCAGUAUAUGGACGAUAUCCACCUAGCGGACCACUUCCAGCAACUGCAAAUGGACUACCACGGUAAUAUCGGUGGUGGUGCCGGCGGCGGGGCCACCGGUCCAACCCAACCGAACAUGAAUUUUAUGCAGUAUCCUUUCACACCAUCCAACGAUAUGGUGGGAGCGGGUGAGAUGCGACCGCCAUGGGAGCAUGAAAAGCAUGGUUGGUCACAAAAGUGGACUGGUCACUAGAGGGGCACUAGCUUUGGGGCGUGCAGUCAAAAACAGCAGCAGCAGCAGCACACAGCAUGCCGGCGGAUGAUGAUGACGGACGAGAAAGAGCGAAAAAUGAGUGAAUAGGAGUGGACGGUAAGUUUGAGACGGUUGAAAGCAGUCACCCGCCUCGUCACCCAGUGUAAAACGCCAUCGGUAUAGCGCGCGCGGCAAGCAUCAUCCCCAUCAAGCAGACGAUCACGACGAACGACAAACUUCCCAGCUUCGAAUCUCCAGCACACACUCCUCGUCAGAUCCGAGAGGAUAGCGCGCGCGUGGUAGGCUGACGCAUAUGUAUACAAGCUCCGUAGUAUGUAACAGGAUGUCGCUGAAGGCACGUACAUUUGACCCAUGCUACUCACAGGUUUAAAGUUCUCCGUUACCACAGGAAGAUAGGAGCUCCACUUUCCAAACACUUUUCUUCUUCUUCGAACGACGGUUCCGUCAACAAUCAAGUGAAAGGGCAGGGCACAUAUACACAUAAUUUGUGCACGUCUUGUUUUUUGGGUUAAGGAAACGAACGUGAAUAUUGAAUA